AUGUCAAAGGACAAGCACAAGGACAAGGACGCACAGCGCAUGCUCGACCCGCUCGACACGCCCAUCUCCCUCAUUCCCGGCUAUAUUCGCGAUAACCAGACAACUCUCGUGUUCCACGACAAGGUCAUCGCUGCCAAGGAGGAAACGUUUGAUGUGGACGAGGGGGAGACGAGGGUGUUUCGGGCGACGGGCAAGCCGCUCAAGCUCAAGAAUAUCAAGCGUAUUGCCGACGUGAAUGGCGCAACGUUGUUCAAGAUCACCGCGUCGUAUCAGGGUACCCUGCAGCGCGCUUUCACCGGUUCGAAUGAGGUGGGGGAGAUGCUGUUCCGCGCCGAGAAGAAGUGGUCUUGGGGCGCAAAGCUCCAAGUUACCUUUGCCGACUCGAAGACCGGAGACCCCGUCACACUCAUCGUCAAGGGGUACGGACUGAUGAGGACGGCCGAAGUCACUCUCGACGGCCAGGUCAUCGCGCUGUUCACACGCGAGUUCUGGAGCAAAGACCUGUUAAGUAACUCAAAGACUUACCACCUAACUGUGGCCGCUGGUGUCGACCUGGCACUUAUGACUGCCCUGUGUAUCAUUUUUGACGAGUGCAAGUUCGACGACGCCAAGCACGGAUAG